CUCAAUCGGUCUGUGCUCUCAUCUCUGUCGUCCUCCUAUCUCUUUACGUCUGUCCACGACAACCCUCCGUCCACCGACAAUGAAGUUCACGUUCGCCCUCGCAUCCCUCGCCGUUCUCGCAUCUACAGCGUUCGCCACUGACGUCCGCUACGACGAGACUUAUGACAACGCCAACGAACCCCUCACGGACGUCGCCUGCUCCGAUGGCACGAACGGCCUCAUCAACAAGGGCUUCAGCACCCUCGGCUCUUUACCGUCUUUCCCGAACGUCGCUGCUGUCCAGGCGAUUGCCGGGUGGAACUCACCUAGCUGUGGGACUUGCUGGGAGGUCACGUACAACGGCCGUAGCGUCCUUGUCACGGGGGUGGAUCAUGCCGGCGACGGAAUCAACAUGUCGUUGGAGGCGAUGAAUACCUUGACGAACAAUCAGGGUGUGGCGUUGGGUACUGUGUCGGCGACAGUAACGCAGGUUGCGGCGUCCCAGUGUGGAUUGUAGGAUCAUGCAUGAAAAUUAGGAAGAUCGUUACGCUUUGGACUUUGGACUUUGGACUUUGGACGUGUCAUUGGACUUUCGGGGACUUGUUAUGGAUGCUCUUUUAUCAGCUUUCCCAUCGUGCAGUGUGUGUUGCUCUUCGUCUAGCGAAUGAAUUGCUUUGUGUCUUCUUUC